AUGCCUGAUGACAAUGAGUCACUGGAGGAAGAGGAAAAUGAGGAUGAAGCAUCACAGGAAGAUGUUCCACGCUUACCCCGUUGGAGAACACCCCACAAUGCCAACAUCACUAAUUACCCAGAAUGGCAGGCCAGCCUUCCAAAAUCAGACAAUAUCAAGUCCCCCUACGAAUACUUCAAGAUAUUUUUUUCUGAAAACAUUCUGGAAGUAGUUGUAGAGCAGGCAAAUUUAUAUGCCAUUCAGUGUAACACCAACAAGCCCCUUAACCUCACGACUAAAGAGCUGGAGCAAUUCAUGGGUACAGCAGUGUACAUGUCAUUGUUUGGAUUACCAGGCACCCGGAUGUUUUGGAACAAAGCCACCCGAGUUUCCCAGGUAGCCGACACCAUGUCACUGAACAGAUGGGAGUUCAUCAAAAAAUGUCUGCACUUCAACAACAAUGAAGUGAGACAAGGAGAAAAUGUUGAUUCUCUCCACAAAAUCAGACCACUGGUCACUCAUCUCACCUCAAAGCUGCAGACAAUCCCAAUGGGUGAGAAGUUGGCUGUAGAUGAGCAGAUGGUCCCUUUCAAGGGAAGAAACAGACUCAAGCAAUACCUGCCAGCAAAACCAAAAAAAUGGGGCUACAAGAUACUUGUCUUGGCUGGCUCUGAUGGUGUCCCGCACAAUUUUGAGAUCUAUACAGGGAGAGUUGUGCAACCCCCUGAGCUGCCAGAUGUAGGAGCAAGUGGCAACGUUUUCCUCCGCCUGGCCCAGCCAAUACCUAAACACCAGAAACAUAAGCUUUUCAUUGACAGCUGGUUCACGAGUGUUCCUCUCAUUCUCACACUUGCUCAGCAGGGAAUUGACUGUGCUGGCACUGUCCGUAGCAACAGACUACCAGGUGUGAGCAUGAUGUGUGAUGCUGAGUUGAAGAGAACUGGACGUGGAUCUUUUGACCAGAAGACAGCCAUGGUUGGAGAAACCACCUUGCAUGCUGUAAAGUGGUAUGAUAACCGUUCAGUUAGUCUUCUCAGUGAUUACAUUGGAGCACACCCAGUCACUGAUGUUGAUAGAGAGUACAACAAGAAUAUGGGUGGAGUGGAUCUGCUGGACUCUCUCAUUGCACUGUACCGCACCAAAAUCAGGUCGAAGAAGUGGUACCACCGACUUAUGUUCCACUUUAUUGACAUGACCACCGUGACUGCCUGGCUGCUCUACAAGAGAGACUGCAGCAGCACUGGUAUGAGUAAAGAGGAACAGAUCAGGCUUUAUACGUUCAAGUCAUAUAUUGGAGAAAGCUUAUGCAAAAGUGGCAAGAAUCUGGAGCAUAAAAGAGGUCGUCCCAGUUCCACAAUUGCUGGGGAGUACAAAGAAAAGAGGAGAAGAGGACCCGCUACCCCUAUUCCAGUCGCUGAUGUGCGUCUGGAUGCCACAGCCCACUGGAUGGUCAUGGAUGAAAAGAAAGGGAGAUGCAAGGUACCAGGAUGCAAAGGUACACCAAAAGCCAAGUGCCAAAAAUGUGACAUCAGCCUCUGUUUCACAUCCACCAGCAACUGCUUCCUGAGGUUGCAUACAGAAUAA